ACCAGCCCGUGUGCUCUGCUACAAGGGAUGCUCUACCCUGACGCAUCCUUAUCGGCCAUCGCCAUGGAGAUUUCGGAAUGUCAUGGGCUUGAGAACCCAGGCAUGCAUGUAUAUCUAAUCCGUUUUAUCAGCUGGUGAUUGUGUUCAUUUUUGAUUGCGCACUCAGUUAAAAUCCGUUAAAUACAUUAGGCUAUCAGGACAAUACGCAACAGAUUAUUUCACUGCGAUUUUUUUCUUAAACGCAUGAGCUGUCCACUCUGCAUCCAAAUAUCGCCUAUAUUACAGGACGUGAGGCACCAUGCUGACCAGCAUCACGGACGGGAUCUUGUGCUGCCUGACGGGCAAGACGGGCAGCGGGGUGGUGCUGCCGGUGGAGUCCUCGGGCUGCACGGACGGCUUUGAGUUCGUGGAGGUCAAGCCCGGGCGCGUGCUGCGCAUUCGCCACAUCAUCCCCGAGCGCCCGCCCAAACCGGACCCAGAGCCCAUCCAGGACCGGGAGCCGAACCGGGACCAAGAGCCGGAGCAGGAGCAGAAGAGCGAGCUGGGCCAGGACCAGGGGAAGGGCACGGUCCACUGCAAGCGCAAGAUCACCGUCUACCGCAACGGUCAGCUGGUGAUCGAGAACCUGGGCGACGUGCUGCACUCGGAGAUCCUGCAGUGCCAGAACGGAGACGUGGAACCCUGCACCACCCUGGAGGUGGAGCUCGCCGACUACAACAGCGCCACCGCCGCCACCACCCCCGAACCCAAGCCCACGCCGCUGCCCCCUCCCGCGUCCGCCGCCAACGGCUCGAGCGCCGGCGGGCCGCCGAAGCCGGCGCCCCCGCCGCGCCGCAAGCGGAGGAAGCCCAAGCGCACGGUGAUGAUCGACGCGCAGCGCAAGAUCUCCAGCUGCAAGGGCACGGACGCCGACGUGGCGCUGUUCUUCGUGCACGGCGUGGGCGGCUCGCUGGACAUCUGGGGCAGCCAGCUGGACUUCUUCUCGCGCCUCGGCUACGAGGUCAUCGCCCCCGACCUGGCCGGCCACGGCGCCAGCACCGCGCCCCAGAUCGCCGCCGCGUACACCUUCUCCGUGCUGGCCGAGGACCUGCGCGCCAUCUUCAAGCGCUACGCACGCAAGCGCAACAUCCUCAUCGGGCACUCCUACGGCGUGUCCUUCUGCACGUUCCUGGCACACGAGUACCCUGAGCAGGUGCACAAGGUGGUGAUGAUAAACGGCGGCGGCCCCACGGCGCUAGAGCCCAGCCUGUGCUCCAUCUUCCAGCUGCCCUCCUGCGUGCUGCACUGCCUCUCACCCUGCCUCGCCUGGAGCUUCCUCAAGGCUGGCUUCGCCCGUCAGGGUGCCAAAGAGAAGCAGCUCCUGAAGGAGGGCAAUGCCUUCAACGUGUCCCCGUUUGUGCUGCGCGCCAUGAUGAGCGGGCAGUACUGGCCCGAGGGGGACGAGGUGUACCAUGCCGAGCUCACCGUGCCCAUCUUGCUCGUGCACGGCAUGUACGACAAGUUUGUGCCCAUGGACGAGGACCAGCGUAUGGCAGAGAUCCUGCUGUUCGCCUUCCUGAAAGUCAUCGAGGAAGGCAGCCACAUGGUGAUGAUGGAGUGUCCAGAGACCGUCAACACCUUGUUGCACGAGUUCUUCCUGUGGGAGCCGGAUACUUCCAAAAAGACUCGACCGCGGCCAGAGCCAUCACCGCCAGCCAGACCCCCUCGACCAAUGACACAACACAGGCCUCCAAAGGCAGCAGGCCUCUGAACAAGUAGCCAACAAGGUCUGGCGGAGCGUCGCUGAUGAUGUCCUGACGAAGGCUGUUUCAUUUGAAAAUGGCUGGUUUGCUCUUGGUCUGCACCUGUUGAAGGCGGAGGGCUGUUUUAGCGUGAGAGACAAGGGUGAGUGUUUCUCGAGCGAAGCUUGGAAAGGACGCCCCCCCGCUCUUGAGCAAGAGAGUGCGGAAAUGUAGAAGCGUUUCCGCUUGAAGUGAGAGACUAACAAGGACUGAUCCACUUCAAGGACAAAUAUGGCGGGUUGGAUGUGUCAGUCACCUUCACGUUAAAGAAAAAUUAACAUCUUUUGGUCCUUGUGGUGUCAAAUCAACUGGACAUAACGUACACA